GCAGGACCAAACAAGCGGCAACAUCCCUGAGCGCGUGCCCAGCAUCUCCGUCAAAUAACGCAGUGAUAAAAGAUAAGAUGGCCACCUCCUCCUCGUCCAAUCUUGAAGAAGACGAAAGUCUAAAAGGCUGCGAGGUUUUUGUGCAGAGACACAACAUACAGCAGAUCCUGAAAGAGUGCAUCGUCAACCUGUGCAUCGCCAAGCCCGAGCGGCCCAUGAAGUUCCUGCGGGAACACUUUGAGAAGCUGGAGAAGGAAGAAUGCAAGCAGAUCAUGGCCCGUCAGAAGUCCAACUCGCAAUCGGAUUCUCAUGAUGAUGAAGUUUCUCCUCCUCCUCCAAACCCGGUGGUGAAGGCCCGGCGCCGGAGAGGUGGAGUCAGUGCUGAGGUCUACACGGAGGAGGAUGCAGUCAGCUAUGUCAGAAAGGUCAUUCCAAAGGACUACAAGACAAUGACGGCCCUGGCCAAAGCCAUCUCUAAGAAUGUGCUUUUUGCCCACCUGGAUGACAACGAGAGAAGUGACAUAUUUGAUGCCAUGUUUCCGGUCACUCAUAUUGCCGGGGAGACCGUAAUCCAGCAAGGUGAUGAAGGAGACAACUUUUAUGUGAUUGAUCAGGGGGAAGUUGACGUGUAUGUUAACAGUGAAUGGGUGACCAGUAUUGGAGAGGGUGGCAGUUUUGGAGAGUUGGCUCUGAUAUACGGUACUCCACGAGCUGCUACAGUUAAAGCCAAGACUGACCUAAAACUGUGGGGCAUAGACAGAGACAGCUACCGGCGCAUCCUCAUGGGGAGCACGUUGAGGAAAAGGAAGAUGUACGAAGAGUUUCUCAGUAAGGUGUCUAUACUUGAAUCUCUUGAUAAGUGGGAGAGGUUGACCGUGGCUGAUGCCCUGGAGCCUGUACAGUUUGAAGAUGGAGAGAAGAUCGUAGUGCAAGGAGAACCAGGAGAUGACUUCUUCAUUAUAACAGAGGGUACAGCGUCUGUCCUGCAACGUCGCUCUGAUAAUGAGGAAUAUGUUGAAGUGGGCCGUCUGGGUCCAUCAGAUUACUUUGGUGAGAUAGCCCUGCUACUGAACAGACCUCGUGCAGCUACAGUCGUUGCCAGGGGUCCGCUCAAGUGUGUGAAGCUGGACCGGCCCCGUUUCGAGCGCGUUCUCGGCCCCUGCUCUGAGAUCCUCAAGAGGAACAUCCAGAGAUAUAACAGCUUCAUUUCUCUUACAGUCUAACUCGAUCAACUGACGUGUGUGGAGAGGUUUAAGACCUCCGUCAGGUGACUCGGGUGCCUGGUUGCAUAAAACAACUUAUGACGUAAUUCUUCAGUUUUGCUUAAAGGGAUAGUUCACCCUAAAUUUAAAACUCUUGUCAUUAUUUACUCACCCUCAGGGGCUUGGAACAACAUUGGUGAAGUAUCCCUUUAAACUGUUAGCUUAAGUAUAGUUGAGUUUCUUUGAAUGGGGUCACCUCCGUUUAUUAAAAAUAUACAGUUAUAAAGUUAUUUUAUGUAGCCAAGUGCUUAACCUUUCUGCUUUUUAUCCUUAUGUGAUUUCUUUUUUUAUGUGCACUUUGAAUCGAGCCUAUGCUGUCACAAAGCUUUCUUUCUGCAGAUAAAGGGAGGAAAUGAUGUACCCAAACAGACUGAUAUGAAACCAUCCUAAUGUGGCAUGUGUUGAAUCACACGUAAUGCAUGCAGACCAGAAAUUUUGUACACUUGUCAUUCAAAUUCAGCAUAUACGACUAUUCGAAUGAUCGAAGAGGAUGGUGAUAUUACAGAUGGCACAAGUAAAAUAUGUUUACAUUGUGGAGAGAGUGGUUUUAGCUUUUUUGCCUUUUAGCUGUUCGUUUAGUUUGCAAUUCAGGUUGUAAUCCAGCAUGGGUCAGCUUGCAGAUUUGUCACUCUGUUUGGGUGAAUUUCACAAAACCUGGCAAGAACAUGUCCGGGGUUAUAUUUAACCCCAGAAUCAAAAGAAAGAAAUAAGAAUAUAUAUUUUGUUUAUAAAAAUGAAGUCUGUUUUUAGGGCCAUUAAGAUUUUUUGCAUUGUGAGAUUCUUUUCUUGACAAUAAAGCACAUUUAACCACCUAAUAUCUCACCAUAAUACAAUAAAAAAAUAAAUCAUUCUCUUUAAAAAUGACAACGAUAUAUGUGUGUGUGUAUAUAUAUAUAUAUAGGUGCAUAUAUAUAUAUAUAUAUAUAUAUAUAUAUAUAUAUAUAUAUAUAUAUUAUGCCCUUUUCUCCCAAUAUGGAAUGCCCAAUUCCCACUACUUAACAGGUUCUCGUUGUGGCGUGGUUACUCACCUCAAUCUGGGUGGUGGAGUUGCCUUCGCUUCUGAGACAGUCAAUCCGUGCAUCUUAUCAUGUGGCGGAGACUCCCAGCACAUGGAGGCUCAUGCUACUCUCUGCGAUCCACGCACAACUCACCACGCGCCCCAUUGAGAGUGAGAACCACUAAUCGCGACCACGAGGAGGUUACCCCAUGUGACUGUACCCUCCCUAGCAACCGGGCCAAUUUGGUUGCUUAGGAGACCUGGCUGGAGUCACUCAGCACACCCUGUAUUCGAACUCGCGACUCCAGGGGUGGUAGUUAGCAUCUUUAGUCACUGAGAUACCCAGGCCUCAAUGAUAUAUUAUUUAAAUGGUUAAGUAUCUAUACAUCAUGGUAGUAUUUGUUGUACUGCCUUUAAUGUAUGCUGAUUUAAAUAAAAAUCAUUGUAUUACAGUAACUUUUUACUGUGAAUCUAGUGAAAAUCACCAUUGAGAGAAUCUAUUGAGAAGCUAAUGAGAAGUACCAUUGAUAAAAAUGGGAAUUACCAGAAAACACAAAAAGUAAAACCUCAUUCAUUUAAAUUAUUAAUUUUUAAAAUCAUUUUUAACCUGGAUUUUCUUUUAAUCAGAUAUAAUGUAUAAUUUUUUUAUUUUUUUGUUUUUAUUUUGGAGUGAAAUGUGACCGGGAUAUGUUUAUGUGAGAUUUACCCAUUUACUGAAAAUAAAUUGUUGCUGUUUUGUAGUUACAUUUUCUUCUUGGCUGUUCCAUCACCCUUAAGCUUUUUUUUUUACUUUUUUUUUUUACGCUGCACUUCUACCGCUGGAAUUAAUGGGAAGGGGGUUUGUUACAUUUUAAAACACAAGUUUUAAUAAAGAAUGGCCAUAAAAGGGGGUUUUAUGGGAUUCUCGCUCAAGUCUGAUGUGUUGAGAGUUUAUUUGAAAAUGUGUGCUGUUCCGUUUUUUUUGGAGUUGUAUUACACACAAAUGCACAUACACACACUCUUACAUGCAGAGGCCAUAAUGUGUUUACUUUAGUAGGUACUAUAAUGGAUAUGUUCCAAAAUGUAAUUAAAUAAAAAUAAUUAAAAAAACAGCUGUAUCUAGCGAGCUGCCUACCUAGACAGCAUUUUUAGGCAUCAUAGACAUUUGAAAUGUUUAAAUUCACCUAUGAUGCACAAAAAUGCCAUCUAGGUAGACAGCUCACAAGUUUUGGAGAAACAGCCAUUGUUGGUUUCUUGUUAUUUAAAGAGAGGGUGGGUUUUUGCAGUUUAGUUUUUAAAAGGAGUGUUUUUGAGUGUAUCUGAAUGAAUCUGGGAGAUUGUGCAUGCUUUGCUUCAGGGUUUUACGAAAUGAAACACACACACAAUGAACUUUACACUCAUCCUGUCAUUCUAAUCUUCUGGCCAAUAAAGAAAAGCUUCUGAACACCAUUAAAAGCCUUGUAGCUAUUUCCAGCAUCUGUUUGUCUAUUGAAAUCUGCCUUUUGAUCUUUUCUACAUCACCUUAUCAUUCUUCCUGUCAGUUUGACUCUCGUUCACUCCGGAUCUCUUUCUCUCUCCUUCUCUCUGUUUCUCUCUCUCUUCUUACUUGUACUGCCAGUCAUAUGUCAGC